AUGACAACCGCAAACUUCCUCAACGUCUACACUGACGGGCCUUUGAAUGGGGGUACGGGGAGGUUUCAAGAUCUUCAUGUGCAGCUGCGGGGGCCUGCAGCAGCAGAAUUAGGGUUUGCGUUUCUUCACUCGCUGCAAGCAGCAAAAGCAGACAGCUUAGCAGACAAAGCCCUCAAAGAACUUCAGCAAGUCUCUUCAUUCCGUUUAUCAGCGGUGAUAUCUGCGGUGUUAGAAAGCGAUGUCCCUAAGAGGCGUCGCUGCAUUCAGGAGGUUUUGCGGCAGGCCAUUCAAACCUCUUUAUAUUCCGUCCACUUGGGAACGGCUUACUUUCUUCCGCCAGGGUUUUUAAAGCGUGCGCUGCUGCAGCAAAUAAAAAAGAGACAGAUAGAUUUGCAGCUGCUGCUCUCAGGAGACAGCGAUGUUUGGUGCGACGUCCCAGCCACUACUUACUUGGCUCACAAACUCCUACUGGCGCGUGAGCGUUCGCACCCCCUCCGGGAUUGGCUGCUGCUGCGGACGAGAGCAGCAACCUUAGAGCAGCAACAGCAGCAGCAGCAACAGCAGCAGGAGUUUGCAGGGGCUGAGGAGGGUAAAUCAGCAACAGCAGCAGAAGCAGCAACAGGAGCAGGAGCAGGAGCAGCAGCAGCAGCAGAAGGGCCUAUAUCAGUUUUCAAUCCUCCAUGCUGA